AUGGCGCACUUUGACACGGAGUACCAGCGCCUGGAGGCGUCCUACAGCGACUCCCCCCCUGGAGAGGAGAACCUGCUGAUGCAUGUGCCUGAAGGAGCCAAAUCCCAGUGGCACCACAUAGAAAAUCUGGACCUGUUUUUCCAGCGAGUCUAUAAUCUGCACCAGAAGAAUGGAUUCACCUGUAUGCUGCUGGGAGAGAUCUUUGAGCUGGUUCAGUUGCUGUUUGUGGUUGGCUUCACAGUGUUCCUCGCUAACUGUGUGGACUAUGACAUACUGUUUGCCAACAAGUUUGUAAAUCAUACUGAUUCAUCUAAAGUUACCUUGCCUGAUGCCUUCCUCCCAGUGGAUGUCUGCAGUGCCCGUAUUCGAGACAAUGCGUUUGUGAUCUUUGUGCUGGUAAUCUCUGGAGUGUUUUGGCUACAUCGUCUGGUCAAAUUCAUCUACAACGUCUGCUGCUACUGGGAGAUCCGAUCCUUCUACAUCAAUGCACUCAAGAUGACCAUGUCAGAACUCCCUUAUGCAACAUGGCAGGAGGUUCAGGCCAGGAUAGUGGAGAUCCAGAAGGAGCAUCAGAUCUGCAUCCAUAAAAAGGAGCUAACAGAGCUCGACAUCUACCACCGCAUCCUCCGCUUUAAAAACUACAUGGUUGCCAUGGUGAAUAAAUCACUCCUUCCUGUGCGAUUUCGACUUCCUGUGCUUGGAGAGUCUGUGUUCUACACCCGGGGUCUCAAAUACAACUUUGAGCUUAUCUUCUUCUGGGGGCCAGGCUCUCUGUUUGAGAAUGAGUGGAGCCUGAAACCAGAGUACAAAAGAGGAGGUAACAGGCUCGAGCUGGCUGAAAGGCUAGCAUCCCGCAUCCUGUGGAUUGGGAUUGCCAAUCUGCUUCUGUGUCCAGUCAUCCUGGUGUGGCAAAUUCUCUACGCCUUCUUCAGUUACACAGAGGUGAUCAAGCGAGAGCCUGGUUCUCUGGGAGCGAGAUGCUGGUCUCUAUACGGUCGAUGUUACCUGCGUCACUUCAAUGAGUUGGACCAUGAGCUUAUGUCGCGCCUCAGCAAAGGCUACAAGGCUGCAUCCAAGUACAUGAACUGCUUCCUCUCACCAUUGCUGACGGUGGUUGCCAAAAAUGUAGCGUUUUUUGCCGGGUCUCUUCUAGCUGUCCUCAUCGCCUUAACUAUCUAUGACGAGGACGUUCUCGCGGUGGAACAUGUCCUCUCGUCAAUCACACUGCUCGGAGUCUGUAUCACUGUCUGCAGAUCAUUUAUCCCAGAUAAGCACAUGGUGUUUUGUCCUGAGCAGCUGUUGAGGGUCAUCCUGGCUCAUAUCCACUACAUGCCCGACCACUGGCAGGGUAAUGCACAUAGAUAUGAGACUCGUGACCAGUUCUCCCAGCUCUUCCAGUACAAAGCAGUGUUUAUUCUGGAGGAGCUGAUAAGUCCAGUGGUCACUCCCAUCAUCCUGAUCUUCUGUCUCAGGAGGAAGUCUCUGGAGAUCAUUGAUUUCUUCAGAAACUUCACUGUUGAGGUGGUCGGGGUGGGAGACACUUGCUCUUUUGCCCAGAUGGACAUCAGGCAGCACGGACACCCUGCGUGGAUGUCAGAGGGGAAGACAGAGGCAUCUAUCUACCAGCAGGCAGAGGACGGGAAGACAGAGUUGUCUCUGAUGCACUUUGCCAUCACCAACCCCCAGUGGCAGCCUCCUCAGGAGACCACACACUUCAUCAGUCAGCUGAAAGAGCGAGUUCACAGAGAGGCCGCGGGGGCUCCUUCAGACACACAUCCGCUCUCGCUGUCUGAGUCUGAGCCAAGGAGCCUCAUUGCAAACCUCUUGGUGGGUCCCUCUACGCUGACCUCCGUUCAUUUCGGCAGGGACAGCUCUUUGACCAAUCAUGCAGUGCCUGGCUUAAGCGACGGGGCAUCUGCGUUACGCUCCCUUUCCCCAAUUAGUAGCAGUCUUCAUCUGAGAGGCAGUUUGAGUGCAGCUCACAGGACGUCUGGCCACACUUCGACCAUGAACAAAGCUAUGGCAGGCUCUGGGACUGAUGCCCGAACUGUGAGCUCAGGCAGCAGUGCAUGGGAAGGUCAACUCACUAGUUUGGUGCUGUCAGAGUACGCCUCCACUGAGAUGAGCAUCCAUGCACUUUACAUGCAUGAGCUACACAAGCAGCAGUCCCGUGGUGAGCUGUCCCGUCACACAUGGCAUCGGCAGGAGAGUGACGAAAGCAGUGACAGCGUCCCCGAUGAAGUGAGGAGCGAGCCCAACCGCCACUCCAGACAUUUCCCUCGCUCACACACUUUCCCCACCUCAGUUCCCAGUCCCAGCGCCAUCCCCACCUCAGCUUCAGCCAACAGCAGUACCACAAUGGGCCAGGAGGGGGUGUCAUUACACAGCAGCAGCCAGCGGCGCUCCAGUGGACAUACACCAGACUCUUUGGGUUCAGGGGGGAAAGUAGUGAGGUCGGCCCGGGGUGUGCCCAUGGGAGGGUGGGCAGAGGAGGGUCAGGCAGCACCACGACACCAUGAGCCACUACCAGAGGAGAGCUCAGAGGACGAAAUGCCUCCUCACAUACACAAGAUCACAUAACCAAGCCAUGUGAAUAAACACCAACGUCCCACUUUCCAUAGAUGUCCACACAUUCUUGUCCUUGAUCAAACGUUUUCUCCAGGAUUGACCAUUUGAUCUGACACAGAUAAAAAUGGACAUGUGGAAGAGUGGUGCACCAUGACUCCUACAAACACUUUACCGGUGAAAUCAUCUGAACAAGUUGAUGCCACCAUCAUCCGUUCAAAGAUAGGACUUGCUACAUGCCUAACCAGGCAAACAGGGUAAAUAUCUGAAUUUGUGCAUCAGAGGAGGAUCCACAGGAUCAAUUUAUUUCGAUUAGCCAUUGAUAUCAUCAGAUUACGCUGCGCUCUUUUAUAACACCAAAAGAUAAGGUAAAGAAAGUGCAUGUGUUGCUGGGAUGUAAACUAAAAUUGUGAAAACCUCAUCCUUUGCACUGUGGAGCUAUUGCUGUAGAAAAAUACGCAACAGUUUGCCUAAAAUGUCAUCACAAUAAUAUUUUAAUCCUCAUUGUGCUAUCUGUAUUGUUUCACUCAAAUCAGAUGGCCUGAGAGGUGAAAUUUGAAGAAUGUAUGGUGUCUCUCUAACAAUAACUGCAUUCACCAAAAUAUGUUUAGAAAGAUACUGGUGACACAAUGACUUUCAUAGUGUGAAACUGUUAUUUUACCAUUAGCAGAGGGCUAUUUAUCCUACCCUGUGCCGCUCUGUAUUUCAGCUUCAGUCUCUUUGCAAAACAUAUGAAAGUAUCGAAUAGUGUCAAAAUCACUAUUCACAUGACAGUUUGACUAACAUCCUAGUCCUUAGGGAUUUUUUGAUUUCCCUCUGCAUUUGUGGAAUAACAAAAAGUUAUUUUAAACAUUUUUAAAUGUUCAUUAAUUCUCCCCAGUCUGGCUGAGUUUGCACAGAUAGAUGCUUGUUUAAAAAAACAACAAUUGUACAGCAUUGCCUGGUAUUCUGCUAGCAGACAUGCCCUGUGUAAAUAAAUGUCAUCAGAUUAUUUCACAGCAGUCAUUCAGAACAUUUAAUUAACCAAGUUUACACAAUAAUAAGGCCAAUAUUUUGUAACCACACAUGCUGUAUUCAAGCACAUUUUAAUCAGAUUUAACCCAGAUUUUGUAUUGUUUACCAUUCAUUCAUCUUAAACAAAAUGCAUAAGGGCGCAGCAAACAAACAAGGCUGUUUUAAGCAUGUUAAUAUUGACGUAUGUGCCAUAAAAAAAAACCCUGAAGCACAAGUGCAGACCAUCCUCCACACAUUUGUCUAACUAUCCUCCACAUCUUGCUAAACACACAGCAUGACUCCCCCCUGCUCCUCUGUCAUUACACCGCAAUUCUUUAAAAGAAGAAUUAUGCACUUUAUUAAUCUGUUAAUGCAGAGGUUGUCACUUAACUUGGAUUGUUUGUAUGUGUAUGUUUUCGUAUAAAUAUAUUUAGAUAAUUUUAUUUAUCAGAGGGAUGUGCCAUGAUGAUUGACAGUUGUGAAUUAAGGUUUGGUUUUAUGUUGUGUACUUGUAUGGAGAUGAAGAAGCACUGUCACACUGUUAACCUGGACUGAUAAUAUGGUCAGGGAUGCAGUGAUUCAGUGUGGUAAUGUUAAAUCAAAAGUGAUGCGAGGCGGUUUUUGUUGUUUUAUAGAUUCUGUAAAAUACCGUUUUGUACAGCUGUAAAUUCAUCCAUUAAAGACAAGGCAGUGGUUCAAUGA